AUGAGAGCUAGCACCUCCACCUGGAACGUCGGCGUGGUUGGAUUGCGCCGCCCAUCACCUCCGGCGGCGGCUUACUGUCAUUACAAUUACCCUCUGCGCCUUUGCCACCAGCUCAACUUCCCAUAUCACCACGGAAAGAAGUGGAGAUCAGCACUCACAAGUGUAUCUAUAGCAGAAAUCCGCAGAGGCCGUACCGAAGCAAAUUCAAAUGCAAAGGCAACGUCGUCUUGGGAUGAGAAGCCCUACGAAGUAUUGCCGAGUGGGAAAAUAGCUUAUUUGGACGAACAAGAUGUGGUCGCAUUUCUAGACCCUCCCCGAGAGCUCAUUCCAUUGGACCCGUCUUCUUACAACCCCGCCGCAUAUCUAUGGAAAAAAAUUGAAGAUAUACCAGAGGAAAGGCGGCAUCGGCUUCUAACCUUGCUAAAACCCAGACUUAUAUCGAGGGCCUGGGAGAUAGCUGGCACACGAUAUGAUGAUGCCAAGUUGGCGAAUAAAAGUGCAUCUAGCUUGCUCUCUAAUCAAAAUGGCAUAAGUUCUCUUGAAAUGUGGAAUUGCCGAACCAGUGGAGGACCUUUUCCUAUUUCUUGGAUCAAAUUCUUCCAGAUGGCCUUAUUCCGCUACAAAGAUGGGAACACAUAUGGACGUCUUAUUGGUGGAUCUCUCCUGGCUGGAAUUUUCAGCUCCUUUUCGCCUUUGUAUUUUACCGUUAGAGAAGUGAAUGAGGUGUUGUCAACAGAGCAGCCUUGUGAUUUAUCAUAUGAAUUUGGAGAUGGCCUCCUGAACCUUUCAGAAUAUCCACAAGGAUUCCCCAAGCCAGCAAUGCAUCCUUGGCCGUUCAACGAUCAAGUUGUUAUAUAUAUUCGUCAUGUGGGACCUGGGGUUCUGAUCGGGCAGGCAUGGCAAGAAGGAGAAUCACUGCAACAGGUACCUAAAAAGUUAUGUGGUGAGAUCUUAAUGGUGAAAACAUGA